AUGGAGAGUCAUGCGCUCUUUCCAUAUCGCUUCGAGCAUGGGGAAAACUCCAAUGGAAACAUCUCAUUGGCUGCACCAGCCUUCGAUGAGGACAAAUUAUUGAUCUACAGAGAGAUUUAUUAUGAUGGUUUUUCUACUGUAAUUGCGGCGCGUGACCUGACUUCUGGUGGAGCCGUAUCAAUCAAGAAAACGGACUAUAGUCACCUUGGCAAUUACUUUACUCACGUAGCUCACCUGCAGAGGCGAGUCACAACCAAAUUAAGAAAGCAAACAGCUUGCAUAAGGUCUUUAUCUCAUCCCGCUGUUAUGAAAAUGCUUGAUUUUGUGUCUGAGCCGCAACGGAUUGUCGUCAUUUCUGAAAUGUGUCUUUUUGGUGACAUCUUUAAUUGGAUGCUGCAGCAGCAUGUUAUUCGGUUUCGCGAUGUGCUUAUCAUCCUGCACGGCUUAUUUCAGGCAUUUCAUUUUAUUCACGACAAGGGAUAUAGUCAUGGUUACCUGAAACCAACAAAUGUUUUAUUUCAAACCAUAUCCCCUCAUUCACUAGUUGUUCUGCCUGACCUAAGCGUCAAAAAAGAAAUCGCAUACCUUCUAAACGAACCUUUAAAUACAUGCCAAAGUUGUACUGCUCCGGAAGCCCUUAAAAGACUUAUAGCUGCCUCGGAACAGGGUCCCGCGCUGGAAUCAGCCACUGAUGAUGAAUAUAACUAUUUCGGUACAAAGGAAAUGGAUGUAUGGAGCAUUGGUGCUAUAACUCUAAUAGCCCUCACCGGUAUCAACUUUUUUCACUAUGAUUCCAUCGAAGACAUGAAACAACCCAUGGAAGAGCGGUUAGACAAGGCAUUUUCGCACCCUAUUAUUAAAAUGUGCAACAAACAACUCGUUACAAACCUAAAGUUGGUCCUAAACAUUGAUCCCGAGGGUCGCAUUACAGCAGCCGCUGGCGCAAACAUUAACUGGGUAGAUGAAGCAAAAGUUUCAGAUGAUGAUAGAAACCUUCUCUAUAUGAUGGAACAUGAUCUGCUAAACACAUGCAAGUACUUCCGAAUGUACGGCCAAAAUGUUCUUCAAGAUUUACUAUGCAGGGUAAGAAGGCCUCAAGUAAAUAUGCGUUGA